CUCCUUCUGCAGACAUCACCAGUGUGUGGAGCCUGCCGCACACCCACCCCCUGCCAAACCACGGCCUUUACCUGUGUCUUUCGCUGUUUCCCGUGCGACCCAUCCUGUGGGAGUGCCUCGUGGGCUGCCCCGGAGUUUGCCCCACGCUCAGCAGCGCCAAUGGUGAAGAUGACAAGAUCCAAGACUUUUCAGGCAUACCUACCCUCCUGCCACCGGACCUACAGCUGCAUCCACUGCCGAGCUCACUUGGCCAAUCACGACGAACUCAUUUCCAAGUCCUUCCAGGGAAGUCAAGGGCGAGCCUACCUCUUCAACUCAGUAGUUAAUGUGGGCUGCGGGCCUGCAGAAGAGCGGGUGUUGCUAACAGGACUACACGCCGUUGCAGACAUUUACUGUGAAAACUGCAAAACCACUUUGGGCUGGAAAUAUGAACAUGCUUUUGAAAGCAGUCAGAAGUAUAAAGAAGGCAAAUACAUCAUUGAAUUAGCACACAUGAUCAAGGACAAUGGCUGGGACUGACCUGAUAGCAUCCAUCCGGUCCAGCAUCCAUGUGAAUGCCACCCAACUGAACAUUCUACCCAAGCGUGAGAGAGUGACUGAACACACUCGGUUCCAUCAACUUAGGGGCCUUGCCAUCAGGGGUCAUCCUCCCACCCUGACACCAUCAUUUUUGGUGACUGGCCUCUAAAUCACUGUCUCUCUGUCUCUUUGCUUUGUAUCUGUUUGUGAGUUGAUCUUGGCUUCUCUGUUCUAGUGUUGGCUGAAAACAGUUACGAGCUGGAACGGACCCUAGGCUGCAUGGUGGCAGCCCGGCUUGAAGGGGGGGCCCCCUGCCCACAUGAGAACUGCCUAAUGGCCUGUCAGAACAGUGGCACAUGAGCAUGAGGAGCAGAAAAGGGGAACCUGAGAGUCCUAGGAUUGGGGAAGGGGCAAGAGGGUGCAAUAUAAUAACUGUACCGUUCUUGGAGACCUGCUAACUUAGGCUUGAAAUAAUUGACUCCUUCAAAAGGACAAAGAGAAAAAAAAAAUACCUCGUGGCUUUUGUUCUCUCUGAUGAUACACUCCUGCCCUAGCAUCAGAUGUGCCAGGACAGCGGAUUAGCACAAGAAGCAACCUUGAUUCUAGCUGACAGGGCAGGACCCUAGCAUUCUGGACCUGGACUGGAGAAGGUCCUGCUAAAGAGAUGGGGGGUGGGGAGUGUGUGUGUGUGUGGGGGGGGGGGUAAAGCUCAGUGGGUUUUAGUGAUUCUGCCCUCUCCCCCCCCGCCCCCCUCCUGGGCAAUCACCUUCUGGGUCUUCUUAACUGAUUUAGGUUGCAGGAAAAGAUGCAAGAUGUAUGUGUCCCAUUUAGCCCGAAGCACAGUAAAAAUCAGUAAUGGAGGAGAACCAGGAGCUGGAGGCAUUGCUGUGGACUGGGAGCUCCUGAUAGCAAGCAGGAAAUGUAAAAAUGCAGAGGCAAGAUUCUGGGAGGAAGCGUUCAGAUUGGAGCCAGUGAAGGCUUAGCACAUCUUUCCUCAUCCGAUGAUCAGUAGCUUCCAUGGGACCAGCAAUUCUUUGUGCACAGUGUUUCUGAGUUUUGGGUUCCCCCCCCCCCCCUCCAAUUCUAUCACCAUAACCUGGGAAACAAAGAUCCAAGAUUACGCCUGCAUUCUUAGCCCGGAAUCUCCUAUGUGGAUAGACAUCUUUUGGCCGUGUGGUCCAGCAGUGGGAAGGGAUUACAGAUUCAACAUUACUCCUUCACCCACCGCACCCAAGCUUCCUUGAGUUAGGGUUGGGGAGGAAAGAAAAAAUCCCUGUAAAUCUCUUGAAAUGAAAAAGAAUUUAUUGUGUGUAAUCAACACUGUGAAGGCUGUUUUGCAUCAAUCCAGCUAUUAUGUGGAUUUGAAAUCCCGUUUAAAUCCAUUUCGUUUAUUUUUUUAGUCAGAAGAUAAUGUUAAAAUAUGGGCAUAUUAGGUACUUCUCAGAAUCUUGUUCUCUAGCUAGGCUGGUCCUACAGGAAAAUUCACCUCUGGGGAAAGAAAAAAAAAGCCCAAGAAGAGAAGGAGCAAGAGUGAGCUCGUGAAGAUAGGAGCCUGUAGCCUGGCUAACCAAGCAGGCUAAAGCAUCCCUCCAGGAACAUUUUCCAGUCCACAUCCCCAGCAGAACCAAAUUCCAUCAGAGAGAGAGCUGUGGUGGACACGGCUUUGUCCUGAUCUGGAAAUGGACAAAUUGAGACUUGCCAGGGCAAUAGGAAGUCGGCCAGCUCAAUAGACUGCCUGUCUUCUGGGACACAAAAGGAUUCCUAGAAACAGAAUUUUGUUCCUCAAGUNUGCUUGUCCUGGGCCCUGGAAGACUAGCUCUGCCCCCCACCCCAGCCACUGCACAGCAAGGCCCACUGAGGGCCAGAAAAACCACCCGUGACUCCCAAGCUCAAGUGGUCAGUGGCACACAUUUCUCCAGUUUCACAUUCCUAAGCUGACUUGCCAGCUCCAAGUGUCAUCCAUUGUCCCCUCUUUAUCCUGUCCGAAGAUGUGGCCUUCAUUAAAGAUUUGAUUAGACCCUUUGCUCAGGGAAUACAAGUCCUUUUUUUUUUUUUUUUUUUUUAAAACAAGGGGGUGGGGGGGUCAAACCUAGGUAGUUUCUUUAAAACUAAAGUUGGUGACUUGCAGAAACUGGAUCUAUGGUGCCCUGGGUGGAGAAAGGGGCAGGGUCCUUGAACUACAAGUUUGGGGGUGGGACCAAAACUCAUCAGGCUUCCCUUUGUGACGGUGAAACCAAAAGUGCUUCUUAUGACCAUUCUUCGCUCCACUCACAGCUUGUCUACCUAACACUUAGCAGUAUUAGCGAGUCCACAGCCCAGUGGGCGGCAGAGGCUUAUGCACCCAAGGCCUCUCUGGUCAGUUUUUUUUUUUUUUCCUCACCAAAUGAUUGACUCAGCAUAACCAAAGACCUCACCCCUUCACUCCACAUAGGUUCAAGGAAUGGGCAGUGGAUUGGGUGACCUUGGGCAGGGGUGGGCAAGGACAAAAGAGGAGAAAGGGAAGACCCAAAGGUCUGGACCUCAGCCGCCAGCUACCUUCACUUUGAAGUCUAGCUGACCAGCCCUCGUGCCACCUGCCCUGUGCCACUGUGGAUGAUGGGACAGUUGUCACCCUGGAAUCCAUCCACCCCACCCCCACCCCACCCCCCGUAUCUCCCCCCAGGCUGCUGAUGAGUAAGUAAAUCAGCAUGAGUCAAGUAUAGCCAAGCUUGAUGCUUGCAUGCUCACAGCGGGACCUGGCUACUCGAGUACCGACCGCCCCAGCUCCUAUGACAGAUCAUGUAGAUAAAGUAAAAAUCUCAGCUGGUGGAUCAAUGUGUACAAAAGAGGUGUCCCCUUUAUAGUGGAGAUUUCCAAGUAUAUACAUAUAUCUCUAUACAGUCGCUUGUGAAAUAUACUUUUGUAAAUAAUAUUUAAUUUUUUAAAUAAUAUAUUUGGUGCUGUAUUCUCAGACCCCCCUGAGAGCACUUUUAUUUUCAAUUCUAUAGCUUCAUCUGUGUUUCUCGGAGUAUAUUUUAAGGGAAAGGAUAAUCAUCAAGAUACUCUUUUUUAUUUUCUUUAAGGAUCUGUAACUAUAAAAAUGGAUUGAGGCUUUAAAACAUUUUUGCAGUUUUCUGUUUGCAUUUUUACCCAGCAGAAGAGACUAGUAAAUUAUCAGGUUGUGAAUUGAUACUUUCUUGCCCAGUAUUGGCUAGAAAAGAAACAAGCUUAGUAGUAACAACUUGAGAGUAAUUACUGUAGUUGGGAGAACUUCCAAGAAAUUGGGAUAGACUGAGAGAGAGUGUGUGUGUGUGUGUUUCAUUUUUCUGUUUCCUUUCCUACUGAGGACACUAUGAACUACAGUUUACACCUUAGACAGAGUUUUCCCUCUGGUUUUCAUGUGUGAGUGGACCAAGAGCCCAAAGCAAGAUUUUCUUUCCCUGAGGGAACGUUCCAGUUCCUCUUCUGUGUGUUCAGCUUCUACAGCCAGUGAAGCAAAUCUGUGAAGAGAGCCAGCGUGAAGUCUGUGCCUCUGAGACGGGAACGGCUCAGCCGCGCUCACAUCCCAGGGCUCUGGCUGUUCUAGAAGCCAUGUCAUAUUAGAAGUUAACAAGUUCAGGUUUAAAAGGAUAGUAAUAGCUUUUUUUUAAAAGUCAGAUUGCUUGGGGUUCAGGCAGAGGCUGGCAAAUCAAAUCUUGAACACACUUUUAUAUUAAAAAAUCUGCCUCAAUGGAAAUACUAGUCCUAUGACUGGGAGAGAUUGUCUUUGAAAUUGUGGUUGAUUAAUAAAAUUACUAUACAGUCAUGAAAUGUACCCGGAAGGCGUUGUCCUCCUGGGGUUAGAUCUGUCCAGCGUCUUACAGUGGUUUGGUGAGAACAGGAGUCAGCUUCCUUUUCCCAGCCUGCAAAGACUCUGCACCAUGGAUUUGUCUGUCUGUCUGUCUGUGUUUACAAACUGUAUUUGUUGGGUUUGGAAUUGCUUUUGUUGUUACUUUUUUUCUUUCUUUCUUUUUUUUUUUUUUUUUUUUUUUCUUUCU